AUGGCCCCAGCCCUGCAGACCAGCGAUCCAAUGACCCAUCAAGCCGCCGAGCCGCAUCCGAACGAGGUCGAACUUCCCUACCACAACGACGUCCCCGGCCACCCCGCAUCUGUUGACUACGAUGGCGUCCCCGAUGCUUCGGUAGACCCCGCCGUCGUCAUGCGCAAACUGAUGAAGGGCAAGGACAAAGAAUGGGAUGCUGUCGCGCCCAGCAAGUCAGGCAAGAAGCUGACCCUUCUCGAGUUACCAAUCACGCACACAAAUGACCUUACCUCGCUCGCCUUGACCAACUCGAACCUUCACAAUCUCGCGAUCCCCCACAUCUACUCGAGAUUCGAUAUCGUCUGGCCCGAUGCCACCCAGAUGGCUACGUCCGACUCGAAGAGUGUCGACGCCCUUACGUACGGCCUAUCCACGAUCUGCCUCGGCAGUUCCUUCGCGCAUCGCACCCGUAAGAUGCUCAACCCAAGCUACAUCCCCACCUACAGUUCCAACGUUCGGAGACAGAAAAAUGACUACGCCAAAUACACAAAGAAGUUCUCACUGGGCAAUGGACCACAGGAUUGGGUGGCCGAGUACAUGAUCUCGAAGGAGAGCGGCAAGAUGCUGGGCACGCUCGUCGCUCUAGCUGUGGAGAAGAUGGUCAACCUGGAGUCGUUCGUCUGGGAUAUGCCGACUGGCGUUCUCUCCGAGAUCUUCAUGGCUCUGGCAUCCAUCCCUGAACAGAGCUCCGAGGGCGAGUCAAAGCUGGAAAAGGUUUGGGUGAGAUGGCAUGAUAACACCGACGGAUCCAGUCCGUCGCCAUCGUCGAGUCCGCCUCCCCCGAUCCCGCCUCUUGUCCCACCCGGCAGCCACCUCACUACAGUCGGCAUCUUGAUUCCUUCGGACUCUGCUCAUCCGGCGCCGCGGGGCGCGAUCCCGUACGCGGAAACAAAUAUCGAAUUCCCUACCUUCAGUGUUCUGCCUCCGCUUAAGAGUCUCACUGUUCUCGACAUUGACGAACUUGCUUACCUGGACGAGAUGGCCGUAGCGAUCGAAAGAUCAAAAGACUGUCUACAAGAGCUUCGUGUCGGCAUAUCCCCGAGAGCCGUCUUCAAGGACUUUGUCCAAGCCUGGGAUGGACCCGACUUGCAGCAAAUCGAUCGGGAUGCCAGAUGGCCCGGCGAGAGCUCCAUUGGCGAGAGAAGAUUAGGCGGUGUUUUGGGCGUGCUUGUCGGUCGUAUCUAUGACAUUCGCCGCAAGUCGACGUCGAAAUCGAGAGAGAAGGCCCCCAUGGCAUCGACGCAAGCGACACAAACCAAUACCGCCCACUCUGUGAUGGAUACUACGGAGGCCUCGAAUGUCUCAGGGCACCCCGACCAGAACGAGCCAGAUGCUAUGGAAGCGGAUGGCUCAGUCGAGCCGCUCGUAAUCCAGCCAACGGGAGCUGCCACAGAUGACCGAGCAGGCCAUGAGGAAAAGUCACAGUCUGUGAAAGACCAGGCGACGGGUGACGGGGACCUCGUGGAUACACCUUCGGGCGUGCCGAGAAGAAGGCUGGACGGCAAGCUCAAGCUCCGUUCUCUAGAGCUUGAAAGAGUUCAUUUGUCAAUUCAAGUCUUCAGCCAGGCCUUCGACUGGACUGUCCUAACCACGUUGACUAUCCUCGAGUGCGCCCAGCACGACACUCUUUGGAAGGCAUUGCGAAAGCAAUUCGCUCCCACUCCGAUUGUCAGGCUUGGAUCUCAUCAACACCACGUCAGCUCUAAGCAAGCUAUGGAGUACCAUCUGAAUCUCAAGAGCAUUCACACAGAUGUCACUUCGGUGGCUUUGAUCAGCUUCCUCAGAGACACUCUGGCUCCUAACAGUCUAGAGGUCCUGUUCUUGCAGGAUCGGAGACGGCCCAGUGGACCGCCAGCGGUGACCAUCGAUCAAAUCUUUAAGGGAAUCAUCAAGAAACACCGGGCGAGCCUACAAAAGGUUCUUCUAGACAGUUCAGAUCGGAAGCGUGGCAAUGGCAACACUGCCACAGACACUGCUCGCUGGCGCAACUGGGUGCUCCCGACGGACAUGUUGCUUUACAUGACCAGUGGACGCAUGGUGAGCCUGAGAGAAUUGGCCAUUUCCUUGCACUUCAAAGACUGGCACACAUUCCUUCAGCGCUUGCCAAACACCCCUCAGCUGCGGUCUCUCAACCUGCAGCAUAUUGCCGAUCAUAUACUCGGUAACUUUGACCCUCGAGAGUUGGCGUUGCAGAUGGUCGAUAUUAUCACCCUUCGCCCUGAUAUUCAACUCUGUUAUGUGGGCAUUUCUACAAAGUGCUUCGAGAUCUUGGAGAGCAAGCCGGCAGAAGAGAGCGGUGCGUCAACCACGAGUGUUGCGGCUGACCAUGGUGUUGUGGGCCACGAAUCUGGAGUCGACGGCGAAGACGAUGACGAGGAAGAUGAGGUCGCUACGGAUGACGACGACACGGCGAGUCAGGUGGAUGAAGAUACCUCUGAGGAGGAAACCGAUGAUACCCCGGGGAAUGCAGUACAUGCAGAUGACUCGCAGUCGGAAGCGUCUGCAGCGCAGGACUCGGACGACGAUGAAUCGAUGCGAGACGCUGAUUACGGCACCUCACGCCCUCGUCUCCGACUCCGUGAGAUCCUGUUCUACGAUGACAAGGUAGCAAUUUUCAAGGCUCGGCACGGCAGGCUGUAG